AAAAAAAUAACAGCACGAAAAUGUAAACAUAACUCUAACUUUUAAUUUAUUUUUAUAGCUUACCUAGACUUUCCAAAGAACUAAGGCACAACAAUUGAAACAAACAGCAGCGGACAAGCAGCAGUAAUGGCUGAAGCUGAAGCAGCAAUUUCGAAACAAGAGGAAGGAGGGCAAAGAGAAAAUCAUCCCAUGACGAAAGGCAGAAAGGAGAAGAGGAAAGAAAUUAAGAAGAUGAAGAGGAAGCAGUUGAGGAAGGAAGCAGCGGAGAAGGAGAGGGAGGCGGAAGAGGCCUGGCUCAACGACCCCGAGGAGCAAAAGAGGAUUGCUAGAGAGGAGGAGGAGGAGCGAAAGAGGAGAGAGUUAGCUUUGAGGGAGUUCGAAGAGAGGGAGAGAGCGUGGAUCGAGGCUAUGGAUAUUAAGAGAAAAGCUCAAGAAGAUGAAGAAGAACAGCAGAAGAGAAGGGAUGAUUCGGAGGAUGCAAAUGGAGAACAACGGCAACAGGAAGAUAGGGGUGAUGAUUGGGAAUACGUAGAAGAAGGCCCUGCUGAAAUUAUCUGGCAAGGAAAUGAGAUUAUUGUUAGGAAAAAGAAAGUUAGGGCUCCAAAAGGAGAAGCAAUUCAAAAGUGUAAAGAAGAGGAUGCUGAUAGGCCUACAUCAAAUCCUCUUCCUCCACAAUCUGAAGCUUUUUCAGACUACCUGAACACAUCAUCAGCACAAGAGGUGUUAGAGAGUGUUGCUAAAGAAGUACCUAACUUUGGAACUGAACAGGAUAAAGCUCAUUGUCCUUUCCACUUAAAGACCGGAGCCUGUCGAUUCGGUCAGCGUUGCAGUAGAGUUCAUUUUUACCCUGAUAAAUCAUGCACGCUGCUCAUGAGGAACAUGUACAAUGGUCCUGGCCUUGCAUUGGAGCAAGAUGAGGGGCUUGAGUAUACGGAUGAAGAGGUUGAACAGUGUUAUGAAGAAUUUUACGAGGAUGUGCACACAGAGUUCUUAAAAUUUGGGGAAAUUGUUAAUUUUAAGGUGUGUAAGAACGGUUCAUUCCACUUGAGGGGAAAUGUUUACGUGCAUUAUAAAUCACUAGAAUCUGCUGUCCUUGCUUAUGAUUCAAUAAAUGGGCGAUACUUUGCUGGCAAACAGGUAAAAUGUGAGUUUGUCAACAUUACCAGAUGGAAGGUUGCCAUUUGUGGGGAAUUUAUGAAGUCAAGAUUGAAGACAUGUUCUCGUGGAACUGCCUGCAAUUUUAUCCACUGUUUCCGGAACCCUGGCGGAGACUACGAAUGGGCAGAUUGGGACAAACCACCCCCUAGGUAUUGGAUGAAAAAGAUGGCUGCUUUAUUUGGAUAUGGUGAUGAGGCUGAGUUUGAGAAACAGAGAGAGCAAGACAAUUUUGGGCAUUUGAGGAACCCUAACCAUCUGGUAAAAUCAGAUGAUGAUAGGCACCGCUCUAGAAGAUCAAUAUCCAGGGAGAGGGGCAAGAAUAAUGAUAGAAAACAAAGAAAAGAUUUAGAUGGGAGAUGUGAUCGACAGAAGACAAGUUUAAAACGGGAACAAAACAGUGAGAGAAUCCUUGAUACCAGUUCUGAUGGAGGUUAUUCAGAAAGUGAUAUAGAUGGCGCCAGAGAUACUGAUAAAAUUAGAAGCCAUUUUCAUGCUAAGAGAAACUCAAAAUGGCAGAGUGAUUCAUCAGAAUACUUGGCUGAUACGAACAGGGUCUAUGAAGACAGAGAAUGUCAGACCAAGAAAAGGAGAAGGCAUCAAAGUAAAGGGGAAUAUGGAGGCAGUGUUGUCUGCAUUCAUGAAGAUUAUGGAGAUCAGUUGGAUAGAGACAGAGACAGUGGUAAAAGCUCAAGACACUAUAUCAGAGAAUCAUCCCUGAAUGAUUGGGGGGCUAGCAAGAACAAAAUUCAUGUUUCAGAUUCACUUGUAAAGCAGUUGAGUACUGUCAGUGACAGAGAAAGUCAUCAUCAUAAUAGACAGAAAAGCUCAGGAAACCUGGACGAAGUUUUAGGACCUGAUGAUUAUGGCAAUGCUGACUAUAGGACUCAUGAGAGUAAUUCUAGUGAUCAUGGGUCUGAGAGGAAUAAGGGCAGACAUUAUGAUCAUCAGAGUAAGCGUUCACAACACUUGGUUGAAUGUUCUGAACUCCUAGAUGCUCCAGUUCAUCAAGCAAAGUUGAAAGAUAAACGAGACCUAAAAAGGGGUAGGCACUCAAGGCACAGGUAUGAGGAGAUCGAUUUUUCCGAUGAUCGUGAGGGGAAACAUCAUGUAAAACGCAGAUCUCAUGGUCAUAAAAGACGAUGAGAAAAGGCCAAAUAGGGAUACUUAAAUUCUAGCAUCCACGAAUAGAAAGCUUCUAAUCUUAUAAUUUUUUUUUGAAUUAGCUCUAGGAUCCAAGGUGUAGCUUCUACGGUCGUACACAAUCUAAAGAUGUGGCAACUUGUUUAGGACCAUAUAGCACAGUGGAAGCAAUGUAGAAAGGACGGAGACGUUAACUAGACUUGCACAUGACCUUGCACGCUGGCAUCCAAUCUAAAUGUUAAUGUGAUUAUGUUUUACUUUGUGACAGCACAAUUGUUUCCUUGGCUACUAGCUUGGUAGGCUUCAGUGGAUAAGGUCAGAGUUUGUAACAUCCCUUAUCUGUCCUGGUUUAUGGUACAAAUAGAUGUUUUUUUUAACACAAAUGAAUAAAAAUUUUAAAGUUUCAAUACUUUAAA